UUGUUGCAGUUACCUUACAUUACUUACCAUCCUUCGCCCUCGGAUGCCAUGGACGCAUCAUCACCAGGAAGGGCCGUAUACAGCGUCACAGCGGAAUAUAGGCCAGCAGCACUCGGCGCCACACCAGGCUAUUAUUGGCUAUUUACGAUCAAGCAUUGCUAAUCUUUGCUAGCGUCACCCAUAGCGUUCGUAUCAAAGACCUGUUUGACUUGACCAGAACCUGGGUGGGUUCGCCUCGUCAUCUACUAGCCGUCCCAACGACUAUGCGGAAAGGUUCAGGUAUUUAUUUAUUAUUUUUAUCAUGAUUCCCUCCCGUGGAAAAUCCUCUUUUCCCGUGGACAAUGGACGUUCUGAAGGGGUAGACGGUACAAGGCAGACGAGGGCUGUGUUCUGUUACGGCAGUGUUUAAGACGGGUUUGGAGCGAGACAGCGAAAGGACACGCACCUCACCAGCGAGCCACGAGGCGUAUCGUGGUCACCUAUACGGCCAGCCACCGUACGUUACGUACGGACGGACGGACGUACGCUAUCUCCAGGUUUUGCUCCACGCGAUAACAACACACCCACCCAUACACUCACAUACACACCUCGACUCUCACGAACGAGGCGCGGCAAGAUGCCCAUACUGUCACUUCGAUCUGCCCUUAUACUGAGCCUGCCUCUGGCUUCAAUCGCAAAUGCUCGAAAUUUGCCCAGGGUUGACGGCGGGAGCGAGAACGAUGCUGCAGGAUGGAGGCAAGAAGCCGGCACUGUGCCUGGGGAGGCACUGAAGGUUGUCAUCGAAAAUCACUUGGAAUCCAAGUAUCAAGAGGGCGUCUUCGAAGACGGAUACCAGGCCAUUGCUGCGGUCCACCGAGAGGACGCUAGUUUAGCUUCUCGGCUGCUGAAUCUGGCAAGACAAGACGCGAGUGUAAAAGACUCUUUGCGCAGGCGGCAAGACAGCAACGCUACGACAGUGGCAAUUCCAACGACGACAACGACAUCGGCUAUCCGGGAGUCAAGCACAACACUGCCCGCUUCGACAGAAUCAUCAGCUUCGACAGAAUCAUCAGCCUCGACAGAACCAUCGACCACAACAGAAUCUCCGGCCUCGACAGAAUCGACGACGGAACCCUCUUCCACCCAAGUUCCAGUCGCUACCACCGGCGCCUCUGGUCAGUCCACUGCAACGACCGCACCCUUGCCCGAAUCAAUUCCAUCGGCAAUCACCCAGACGGGCAUUUUGGUACCCAUCGUGACGUCCACGACGGUCCGCGGCGGCAGCGUUGUAUUCGCAACGACCAAUGCAUUUGAGACGGCAGCCCAAACGAGUGUGGCCGUGGCGCUGACCACGACAGACUCUGAAGGUCAGACUGUCGUGACGUCUGCCAUGGCGCCAGCCACUAUCAUCACGCAGACAGAUUCGGCCGGCUCGACAAUAGUGACGACUUCGCCCGUUCCCAUCGUUGCAGUCGCCCCUGGUGGCAGCGUGAUCGUCACCGCGGAAGACGUGGUAACAGCUACAGAUUCGGAAGGCGGAACUGUGGUGCUGUCCAGGCCCUCAGCCGGAGCGACAUAUACAACGCGUGAUUCUGGUGGACGCAUCGCCACUGUGACAUAUCAGCCUGGCGGUGGUGUCGUCAGCCAAGUUCGCGUGCAAACGACAACUCUGCCCAACGGUCAGCGCUCUACUAUUACUUCAUUUGCAGAAGUAGGACUUGCGACUGGCUCGCCCGCUACGACGGCCGCCUCUUCGACAGGUCAGCCUGAACUUCAAUCUGGCGCAGCACAGCCAUCGGCUUGGUACGCAGCAGGACUUGCACUGAUGGGCGGCAUGUUGGUUGGAAUCGGCCUGCUCUGAUCGACUCCGGGUCGCGAAAGAUCAUGUACCUGAGAAAUGACAGGAUUGACGAGUAAUGUAUUGACGAGACCCAAAAUAAUUCAUGCAUAGCGGGAGGCACAUGGGAAAGAUGUACAUCAGAAGACGGACGGCACUCUCAUGCAUAUAGGAGAGAAAACAAAG